CUUUUAACCUUAGUGGGCUGGAUAUAAUAGAGAUAGGUUUGGGACCGGAGGCUGGUGUUAGUGACGUGAGGUUCGGAUUUCGGGAACGUAGUUUGAACAGGCAAGGAGGCUGAGGUAUGGUUUCAGGACUAUAUAUAAAGAAUGGGUUCUAGGGUUCCUGUUCAGCACUACAACUUGACAUCAGCCAAUUCCUUCAUCGGAACCUCUUUGCAUGAUCUCAACACCGUCGAUUCUCGCCCCUCUGACAUUGAUACUAUUGCUGACGUUGAUCCUCGCCAAGUUUCUCUUCACAAUCACCAAGAUUCCAACUCUGUCGAUUGUAUACAUGAUUCUUAUAGAAACCCUUUACCACUUCACGGUGUUGGAGUGGAAGAAGAUCGCUCUAACUUGGAGAAUACUGGUCCAUCAAGUGGUGCUUAUGAUAUUUUGACUAUUGAGGAUGUUUCCCCUAUUGAACAAGCAAGGGCAAGGCUUCUGCAAAUUAUUGUCGAUCAUUUUAUUUCUGACCAUGUGAUUGAAGUGGCUGAUUCUGAGGCUGAUUAUACUUCUAACUCAGGGCAAGAUAAAUUGAACAAGAGGAAGACAAGAGAUGUCCAAUAUGAAGGUGAUCCAAGGUUCGCUCUGCCUUUGAUGUAUGUUGCUAAUAUGUACGAAAGCUUAGUUAAUGAUGUAAACUUAAGGCUAGCUUCCUUGAAUGGUAUUCGUGACAAGACCAUUGGGGUGGCCCUUGAAGCGGCAGGUGGUUUGUACAGAAGUCUGGCUAAGAAAUUUCCAAAGAAAGGUUCUUGUAUGUACAAACGAAGAGAGUUGGCAACUUCCCUUGAAACAAGGACAAGAUUUCCAGAAUUAGUAAUACAAGAAGAGAAGCGAGUUCGUUUUGUAGUAGUGAAUGGUCUGGAUAUUGUUGAGAAACCAAAUAAUGUGCCCAUUGAUGAUGCUGAGUGGUUUAAAAGAUUAACAGGUCGAAAUGAAGUAGUUAUCUCUGCUCAAGAUUAUAAAUUCUAUUCCCCAAGGCACAAGUAUAGGCGUGUUACAUCAAACUCUGUAUCUAAUAUUCCUGGUUUGCCUGCAUUCCCUGGUGCAGAAAAUUCUUCUGCAAUGGCUAAUGCACAUGGAUUUCGCUCUUCACAAAAUCAACAGCAGACUUCUACAAAACAUCACAUGCAGUCACUCUCUCAUCAGCCUCAGUUUCAUCAUCAAGGUCAACCUGCACCCCACUAUUCACAAAAUCAUCGACACUUGCCUGAAAUCGCUCAUCCUCACGAGUCGUCAACAAUUUCCCAACACAUGGCAUGCUUACAGCCUCUCACAGGAGGUCAUGUUGGAGAGGGCUUGAAUGUAAUGCCAACCGGCCCUGCAAAGUUUUGUUAUGAAUGUGGAGCUCCAUAUCUUAGAGAAACCUCCAAGUUUUGCUCAGAAUGUGGAGUUAAGAGGUUAGGAAUGUAAUUAACAGCAGCAAUGUUAUGUGCAUCCAAUUUUGAGUGAGUCCUUUUAGAUGGUGUAUUAUUAUGUUAUUGGGUAUUACUUUAUCUUUAAUUCAAAAUCACUCAAUCACAUGAUAUGACACAUCAUCUUAGUAUCUAAUUGGUUAUUUAAAAUUGGGUGCAUAUAAUUUUAUUGUAUAAUUAAUCAAGAAUUAAAAUUGCUGUCACUUUUUCCUCUCCCUGUUGUAGAUUUUAAUAUUUGCCUAGGGUUCGGUUGUUGUAAUUUAUAGACUUAGACAUUCAAAUUAAUGUCUAAUUAUUACCUUCUUAGUCAAUACAAUACUGUUUUGAAUUA